UUCCGUGAGAUUUUAAAGAGAGAGAGUCGGUGACUUUGUGUAUAAAAGGAACCAGGGACCCUCUAUUGCUGGAGUGAAUUGUAUCUUCUUCGUUUUGUGAUUUUCGCCGGAAACAUUCGCCGGGAAAACUCAUAGAAGUGUGCUCCGAUAUUCUUAGCUAAGAGUAAGGUUAAAGGAAGAAAGGCGAAGGCUUUUUCACGGAUCUGAUUACAGAAGUUGGAGAUUUCCGUUCAGAAAAAAAUUAAUCUUCUCUUUUUAUCACGAGUAUUUUUAUGGGGCUUGGAUUGCUUCGAGGUUUCUGAACUCUCUCGGCUUUUUCACUUUGUUUUACUUGCUCUAAAAUGGGAGUGGAGGUAGCUACGACCUGUUUGCAUUGGUCACAGUCGGUUCUUCCUCAUUCUCCUUCCUCAUCUCAAACCCUAGCCUCAGCAGUCUCAUCUUCGGCAGGACAACGAAACCGCCGUGGCGAUGGCAGAGCUCUCGUGUGUCGCCACGCGCAUAGACUGGAGCGAUCCGCUCUGUUUGGAACCGCCUCGACGACGUUUUACCGGUCCCGAUCUUGCGAGUAUCCGAAACCGAGAACCCGGACUCUGAAAAGAGCUUGCAGCGCCAGCUUAGACGCAUUUUCGGACGAAGAAUUCUCGAAGAAGAUUCAGGAAUUAGCACUCCAAUUCCAACUUUCGGGCGACGAUGAAGAUAAUAGUGCCGCCAUGGAUGAUACGGAAUCACAGAUGGUUUCCGAUUCCAGAGAUAUCCAGAGCGUGAAUUGUGCUGAUAGUUUUAACGGUUUCAACAGUAGCGUCAACUUUGUACAGAAUCAGAAUCAUAUAAUACACCCACCUUCGGAGUUCGAGCCUCCUUGGGCAGAAAUCCGGCGGGAGCCACCAGAUUGGGCUGAAAGAGACGAAAUUAACCCCGCGUGUAUGGAGCGAAAGGCGAACAGCGUGGAUCUUCCCCUUUCGCUUCGAAUGAUAAAGCGGAAGAUGCAAUGGCAGGAGGGGUUCAGAGAAGUUGGAGAGUCGGCUUAUUGUUCGGUAAAGAAGGCCUUCUCGUCGAUGGUGUUCAUAAUUAGAGAGCUCCAGAGCUACACGUUGCAGAUGAGAGAGUUUCUGUUCUACGAAGACCUACAGGGGAUUCUCGCUCGGGUUCAGAGAGAGAUGCACGCUUCGUUUGUGUGGCUAUUUCAGCAGGUCUUUUCUCAUACUCCCACUCUGAUGGUGUACGUGAUGAUUCUCCUCGCGAAUUUCUCAGUUUAUUCCAUGGGGCAUAACAACGCUGCGUUCGCAGCGUCGCCGCCACCGGGGUCGUUUUCAACGACGACCGAGAUGGCUUCGGUAGUUGAAAUCGAUCAGGACCAUACGUACCAGAGGUUUGAUUCUUCAGCAAUUAAGAAGUUCUCGGCGUCGUCUUCUUCUGGGAAGACGACUUCCAUCGGCGGAAACAAUGGCGGCGGGGGUAAGGUGCGGCCAGUGGGUAGUGGAACCGAUGGCGACGGACAGUUUGACGGUUCAAAGUACCGGACAAUUCUGCCCGACGGGACAACAACUUCCCAGUUUUCCUCGAAUGGGACAACCAGAGAAGUGGAGUCGGAGGCAAAGACCAGGGAACAAGAGGUGGCUCUAUGGAAUUCCAUAGUCGAAGAAGCUUCACAAAUGCAGGACGCAUUAAAAGACGACGCUCUCGAUAAAGAAACCAUGCAACGAUUCAUUUCACCGGUGACGGCCAAGAUCGAGGCGGACAACGACUACGCAGAGUACUUCAGAACAGAGCUGCUCUACCAAAUGGGCUUGUCCCGAGAUCCCAGCAACCCUCUUCUCCUCGCAAAUUUCGCUCAGUUCCUCUACCUCGUCGUCCACGAUUACGACAGAGCGGAGGAGUACUUUAAGAGGGCAAUAAGGGUGGAGCCGCCAGAUGCGGAAGCAUACAGCAAAUACGCGACCUUUUUAUGGAGAGUGAGGAACGAUUUGUGGGCUGCAGAGGAGACCUUCCUGGAGGCCAUCUCGGCCGAUCCCAACAACUCUUUCUAUGCUGCUAAUUAUGCUCAUUUUCUUUGGAACACUGGCGGAGAAGACACUUGUUUCCCCCUUGGCCCCUCAGACACCACCCAAGAAUGUUAAAAAUCUUUAAAAAAACUAUUAAAAAUAAUUUCCUGGAAAUUAAAAAAAAAAA